AUGACCUCACCGUUUGCACCAGCACUAAUCCACUUACAUAGCCUCCACCUGUUACCGUACUCCAUACCUGAAUUCUCCAACCAAUAUUCCCCACACCAUAAACCUGCACGUGGGAAUCACGUGAACUCUGUUAAGGUUCCCACUUCGCGCACCUCACUGAAAGCUGCCGCAUACCGACGCAAUGGCACGAGUCGUAAAUAUGAAGCAAUUAAGAGGCAAAGAGUACAAAUUCAAGUUCAGUUACUUUUUCUCCAAAUUCCAAAACUAUAUCCCGCGUUGCCAUUAAGCCAGUUAGCUAGAAAAGCGAAAAAAGUGCGGUCUCUCGCCGCACGCACUACCAUUGUCUCACUCCCUCACGCACCUGUUAUCAUCUCAACUCAACGUAUCUUGUUCGCACAUUUUCGCGGAUCUAACUAA